CCAGAGCCCUGCCUGUGCCCUGUCUGUCCAAGCCGUCAGCUGAAGGAGCCUCACCUGCCUGCUCUGAGUCCCAGGGAUUGGAGGUCCAGGAGAGUCAGUGAAGAUGUCUAAUGAGCCUCCCCCUCCAUAUCCUGGGGGCCCUACCGCCCCCCUUCUGGAAGAGAAAAGUGGAGCCCCACCCACACCAGGCCGCACCUCCCCAGCCGUGAUGCAGCCCCCACCAGGCAUGCCACUGCCCCCUGCAGACAUUGGUCCCCCACCCUAUGAGCCGCCGGGUCACCCAAUGCCCCAGCCAGGCUUCGUCCCCCCCCAUGUAAGCGCAGAUGGCGCCUACAUGCCUCCAGGUUUCUAUCCUCCUCCAGGCCCCCACCCACCCAUGGGCUACUACCCGCCGGGGUCCUACCCGCCGGGGCCCUACCCUGGCCCUGGGGGCCACACGGCCACGGUCCUGGUCCCUUCGGGAGCUGCCACCACAGUGACAGUGCUGCAGGGAGAGAUCUUUGAGGGUGCACCGGUGCAGACCGUGUGUCCCCACUGCCAGCAGGCCAUCACCACCAAGAUCUCCUAUGAGAUUGGCCUGAUGAACUUCGUGCUGGGCUUCUUCUGCUGCUUCAUGGGGUGUGAUCUGGGCUGCUGCUUGAUCCCCUGCCUCAUCAACGACUUCAAGGAUGUGACCCACACAUGCCCCAGCUGCAAAGCCUACAUCUACACGUAUAAGCGCCUGUGCUAACGGAGCCGGGACUUGGGACUCCCCCCAUCUAUUGGUCUGGCCCCCUGUGCUUUGCUCCCUAAGCUCAGUGGUCACCUCCCUGCUCCCACUUGGGCUGGAAGCUGUGCCACCAUCCCCUGGAAGUCUUGUCCUCUUCACCUUGCCCUACCCUGAGCCUCUGACUCUACGGCACAAAUUCUGUUGGAUUUAAGGCCAAGUGUCAGUGGAUGGCAGGGAGCUGGCACUGGAUUUGUGUGUCCCUGGUUUUCUUGGUAUUUGUGAUCAGGAAGAUAAGGUGAGAAGGGCCUCCCACCAGGUUCUUCAUUCCUCCAUAUCCACAUAAAGUAUAGGUUUGGUCCAACUUUCUCCCUAGGACCAAAAGCAGCCAGAGCAGUAGCCAGUUCCCAAGCCUGGGAGCCUGUAGUGGGGCUGUGCCUGGGGCCACAGUCAUUUUUGACCUGCUGGGCUGAGAGUAGGGGAGUCUGGAGUCAAGUAGACCCAAGCAGGAUGGGGUCCUAAGGCCUGGGUUUCUUUCUGGGGUACUUUGCGCCUCUGGGGUACUAGAGGCGGGGGUACGAGAGUCAGAAGUAAUGAUGCCAACUCUGGCCCUCAUAACUCUCAGGUAUCAAAACCCAGGACCUCUAAUGCCCUGUCCACAUACCGAAGAGCCGCCUGGUAUGGGACAAAGAGGACACUGGAUGAGUGAUUGGGCCCUGGUAGCCAAGAUGGGACUCACAUCUCACCCUUGCCCAGCUUCUUCUGAAUCAGUGUGCAGGACCUCUUUCUGGCCAUGCCUCUGUAUUUGCUGGGGCCAGAAGGAGUACCCUUGAGCCUAACCUGUUCUGUCUACCCUGUGUCCUCUCUGUGUGGGUGCAACCUCUGCCCAGUGACUGGAGUGUCCCAGCCAGGUCAGGAGAUAGCAGAGAGCAGAUGCCUCCUUGUGGGUGCGUUUGGAUCUGCUGUGCCCUGUCCAUCAAUUCCAUUCCCAGUGAGCACCCUUUGCCCACAGCUGACUCACGAUGCUGUGCCCGUUCGCAUCGGGCCCCACAGCAUCAGCAGCCGUGGCACUGGGCUGGGAACAGGCUGGGGACAAGGGAGGAGAAGCUGCAAGUGGUAGAGGUGCCUUGGUGGACACCAGCCCUGGCCUGGCCGAGCCCAAACCUGUCUUUAUUUCCUGAAUGGUUUGUUUGUGAACUUGCUCACAUGGACUGCUAUAUCCUGCUGCUGUCCCUCUCCUGGUCUUGCACUGCCACUGCAUGGCCUCCUGUCACUGUGAAUCGUAGCCGGUCUCAAGUUUGUAGUUUCUCAUUAAAUUGGCCCUUCACUCCCCAUCACUCAGCCUCUGCUCUCUUACCUGGCUUUCUUCUUCUUGAACGGAAAGAGGGUGGGGCCACAGGCAGGGCAGGGGUCUUCAGGGUCUCAACAUGCCUCAGAGCUUACGUGGAGCCAACUGCCCAAGGACAGUGCUAACACUUAAGGGACUGAUCAAACCAAACCAGAGUCAAGGGUAGACCAGCCAUAGGAAUCCCAGGUGUGAUCCAGCCAGGGCAUGAGUUGGCUUCAGCAGUGGCUAUAAGGUCACCUUACUUCCUCUGACACUAGUUUCAGCUGUGUACACAGAUCCCUGUGGGAUCUGCACGCUGGAGCUCCCCAGACUGGAGCUCAGUGUCAUCCUGCCCUGUGGGCAAGUGCUCUCCCUCCCUUAAGCACGAUGGAGCUGCUGGGCUGACGCGUAUGUUCUGAAGAGCAACAGGAUGCAGCCUGGGCAGCCGGAUUCUGGGCCAGUGCUGGCCUUGCCCAUCUCCGAGCCCACUAACUUAAGAGUUUCCCCACCGUUUAACCCAUUUUUGAAUAGAUUCCUAUUAAUAAAAAUACUUAAGUUCA